CCAACAUCGUAGUUGCCUUCGGGUACAACUUAUGCAACAAAACCACGGCUACAAACAUUCUAUCUGUCCAGAAGUUCAGAACCGGUUCGACUGAUUACACCUAUAAGUAAACGCGCUUACGGUCCUGUUUUAUCAUUUUAUCGUAACGAAUCGUACAUCUCACACAUCGCUCGUUUAUAGUCUCUCUCUCACAAUAACUUUCACUUUCUUUCAAAUCAACUUUAGCUUCACACGACGUUCGACAUCGAUACGAAAAACAUCCCUUUAAAGAACUAAUUGAAGAAUUUUUUAUCAACAACUUGAAAGUAAGAAGAUGUUGAAAUUAGUGGUUUUGCUCGGGUUUUUGGCUGCUUUUUGCGCUGCUGAGAACAAAGGUAUUGCUAUUAUUACAACUGGUGUAAGUGGAGUAUCCGGAUCACUUACUUUCACUGAACUAAGUGGUGGAGGAGUCCAUAUUGUGGGUACUAUCAAAGGAUUAACCCGCGGUAAACACGGGUUCCAUAUCCAUUCAAAGGGAGAUUUAACCGACGGAUGUGGAUCAACAGGAUCUCAUUUCAAUCCAUACAACAAAACUCAUGGUGCUCCUGACGCUGAACAUCGUCACGUUGGUGAUUUAGGAAAUAUUGAAGCGGGCGCAAAUGGAAUUGCCACCGUAGAUAUUACCGAUAAAAUCAUUUGUUUGACUGGUGAAACUGGAAUUUUGGGACGAGCUGUUGUGGUCCAUUCUGGGGAAGAUGAUCUUGGAUUGCAAGAUACCGAUGAAUCGCACACCACUGGUUCUGCAGGUUCACGAGUUGGAUGCGGAAUAAUAGGCAUCUUAUCUGAUGAUUUCAAGUUCAGUGGAUCGGGAUAUGUAUCGCCAAAUAUCUUAAUGUUGUGUGGUGCAUCACUUUUAAUAUACUUCAAGCACUGGUGAAGUUUAAUGGAGGAUCUAUAGUAAAAGAAUGCAUCGUUUUACCCAAAUUUUAAACAUUACCAAAUAAUAACAGAAUUAAUUAAUUAUAAAUAUGAUACUGUAUUAUAUGUGUAAUUUUAACAUAAAUCAGUGCCUAGUCAUAACAAUAGUUGAAUGUAUUUUCUUACCUAUUUUAAGACCUACUUGUACUUACUCUAAA